AGAGCUUAGCGGGAUUUAUAAAUGUGAUUUUCAGCACAAAACCUCCCACCGAAAUUAAAGAAAAAUGUCUCAACAAGAGUGCUCCCAGAGGCUCUCUAGUGAUCUAAUUGAGUCCCAGUUCCAGAAAAAGUUCACCUUUAUACGCCAAGCUGAUUGGAAGCUUCCUGAGAGUAAAACCCUCUUUACCCAGGACGCUUUUCUCGAUACCUGCCUACAGAAACAAAAGGAAAGACUCAAUGGAGUUAAGAGCAAGCUCAAUGACCUGGAGCUGGAGCCAUGGAGUACUCAUACAUCCACCCAAAGUCCAUCAUCGGUGAUUAUCCCGAAAAUUAAAGAAACAUUUGUGGCGGAAUUUGUCACACAAGCUUGGACAAAGUUCUACGAGUGUCUCUCGUCAUUCCCGCUUAUUCCAAAGAAUAGUCCUCAAUCCCUGAAUACAUUGCACCUCUGCGAAGCUCCAGGUGCAUUUGUAGUGGCACUCAAUCACUUCCUGAAGACUCAUACAGAGAUUGAAAAUUGGACAUGGUGCGCUACAACUCUCAAUACCUACUACGAGGGAAAUUCCUUUGGGAGUAUGAUUGCUGAUGAUCGUUUUAUGUACACAACUCUCGAAAACUGGGAAUUUGGUGCAGAUUACACUGGAGACAUCACAAGUGGAAAGAAUGUAGAUCAAUUGGUGGAAAGAUGUUCAAAAAUGGGCCAGAUUGAUCUUAUCACUGCCGAUGGAUCGGUCAAUUGUACGAACACUCCGGAUUGCCAGGAGGAAAUUGUUUCUCAUCUGCAUUACGCAGAGACUGUAACUGCUUUGAGGAUUCUCUCACUAAACGGAAAUUUUGUUCUCAAAAUGUUCACAUUUUUCGAAUCAUCCAGUGUAUGUCUUCUCUAUCUUCUCGUCUACAUCUUCAAGACCGUCACCGUCUUCAAACCAGUCACAUCCCGAGAAGGCAAUUCUGAGGUUUAUGUUAUCUGCCAAAACCUAGAAACGCGUCCCAGCCAGGAAUUCCUCGAGAAAAUGUUCAAAAAUAUGUCCAAUCAUGACACUUCAUUAUUCCCAGAAGCCACAAUUCCCCAGACCUUCUUCCAGCAACUUUACAAUUGCAUGGAUAUGUUCGCUGAUCUCCAGAUUAACGUUAUAGAGAGAAAUCUUGCGACGUACGAUCCAAGAGACAUCAAGAAAAUCUCUCCCGAAACUGAACAGUUGAUACAGGUAGUUUUUAUCGAAUUCUGUCGCCGUUUUAAAUUGGAGAAUCUCCCAGAAAAUGCCAGGAUAACAAUUCCAAAUGCUUUACCAAAUUUCUGGCGGGAAUCACCACGAAUUAGUGAAGGGAGUUACACAGACAGGGUCAUAAAUAAAUGCAAGAACGAUCAACAAAUACUCGAUACUCACCGGAAGAGGUAUAAGCGAUAUGAAGAGUCCAUCGUCACCUGCAACAAUCACAAUUUCUUGCGCUGCUGCAGCACCUGCAGCAUCUCUCCGAUUUAUGGGAAGCGCUUUAGGAAAAUAUCAUACAGUGUUUUUGUGUCAUCGGGUCUCUAUCAUUACUUCCUUGAUAUGGCCCGAGAUUGUGUAGAUUACUCCAAGGAAGACAAUUCUCCCAAUUGCCGGACAGAGAGACGUGGUAGCCUCGUGUUGAUUGAAAUGAAGAAUUUCUGCAGAGUUCAUGACCAUUCUGAAUAUUUCCAUGAUACUGUGAUUGAGAUGCGCAAUGCUCUGAAAUUGCCAGAUAUUCAGAAGAUUAUUCUCGUGAAUUUCUGCCCACUUAGUCAACUUUCAGCUGGACUUGUAUUUCUACUGGCAAUGGAGCGUCAAUCGCGAAUUCAAUUGAAAUGUCAUCUUGGAGAAAUAUCCAUUGAUGUCUCCAGCAAAUACAUUCGUGAAACAUACUCAAAUAUUCUGGAGAUUAUUGAGAAUCUCCUGGAGAAAGAAGACUCAGACAGUAUUCUUCUGUCUCUGGUGGACAUACGUGAUAUUUAUGGAAAUUUCUCCUACACCCGACUCAUCCGAUGUUUCAAUAAUCAUCUCGUGAUGAAAAUGUUUCGUGAUCUUCUCGCAAAUUAACGAGCUUGUAAAUCAAAAAUAAGCAGACAAAUUACAAAGAAAUAAUGCAAAUUGUAUAAU